GAAGCGGCUUGGAAGUGGGCAGCCUGGAAGUCACUCGGGCCACCGAAGCUGGCGGCGUCUCUAGCGGACGGUGCGGGGCCGGACGCUGGCGUCGUGGGGCCCAGCCGGACGCCCAGAGUUUCUGUACCAUUUGGCAUUCCCACCAGCAGUGAAUGAGAGUUCCAGUUGCUCCACCUCCUCGUCAGCAUUUGGUGUUGUCAGUGUUCUGGAUUUGGGGCAUUCUAAAAGCUCUGGCCUGAGAGAGAGGAUAUCUGUCCCCCAACCAUAGUGCAAAGCUUCAGAGCUCCCCUUGGAUUGGACUAGCGCAGAAGCACAAUCUUUGACAUCAGCUCUCCUGGGACCCUCAAGGAACACUAGAGUUCAGAAUGUACUAAGGGGGGCUGUGCAGAACAUGGCAGGCGUCAGCUACACAGAGCUAGCAGCGGGCAGCAGUGGAGGCAUUGCCGGCUCCAAUGGACCCUGACCAGAGUGGGACCGAGGUGGUAUGGUGGAGCAGCAUGGCACCCCUGCAGCCUGCUGGCCCUCUCCUCCAUCUGCUGUUUGCUUUGCCCUGCUGAACCACUCAGUCUGUAGCUCCCUGGACAACACCUGCCUCCUGAGGUUGUCCUGGCUCGGUUUUCCACAGCGAUGGUGGAGAAUUGGACUCCACAGACUCACAACCUUUCUGUUAGGCUUCAGGAGCCAGCAUCCUUCAUCCUGGGACUGGCAGCCCUGAACAAUGGCUGAGGGCCAGAGGACCCCAUAAAGUUACUCUACAGCUUACAGGGGCCAAAGCAUUCCAGUGCCUGUGGACUAUGACCACUUAUCGGCCCAUUCCCAAUGAUGGCAUGGACCUGGCAGCCAGCUGUGGGGUUAGGGGAGCCAAUGUCCUCCCCGGGCCCCAAACAGGAGACUAUGCUCCCGUGGGAUUCUGGGUCCAGAAUGGCAUGCCCCAGCCUGUUGGUGAGAGCCCAGCUACUGCCAUCACCCGCCCCAGUCCCACCACCCCCACAGUGCCCAAGAUGGGCGUGCGUGCAAGAGUGGCUGACUGGCCACCCAAGAGAGAGGCCCUGAGAGAGCAGAACAACCCGAGCCCCUCACAGGACACAGAUGGCACAAAGACCACAAAGGUGGCCCAUUCCAUGAGGAGCAUACAGAAUGGAGAGCCUGCCACCAACACCCCAGCCUCCUCAGGGUCCCGGGCCUUCCACCGACUCUCCAGGAGACGGUCCAAAGAUGUGGAAUUCCAGGAUGGGUGGCCCCGGUCCCCUGGCAGGGCCUUUCUCCCCCUGCGGCAUCGCAGCAGCAGUGAGCUCACCCUCAGCGAGUGUGACAUGGAGGACAUGGGGGAAGCUAAGGGGGGCAGGCUCAUGGGGGCCUUGCCUCUCUUCCGUGAAUAUGGGAGCACCUCCUCUAUCGAUGUGCAGGGCAUGCCUGAGCAAAGCUUCUUUGACAUUCUCAAUGAGUUCCGGAACGAGCAGCCGGAGGCCCAGGGCUCCCAGAACCUCACGGAGCUCCUCCAGGCCCAUUCAGGCCCACACCUUCCAGGGAGCAUCAGCGGAGCCAAGGGAGAUCUCCGCCACGAGCAGCCCACCAGGGACAACCUUCUCCCACUACAGCCCGGGAAGGAGAAGGAGAGGGCCCGCAAGAAGCCUGUGCGGGGCCUGGGCAGUGGGGACACAGUGGACUCGUCCAUCUUCCGGAAGCUGAGGAGCAAUAAACCAGAAGGUGACACUGGCCGGUCCCCAGGGGAGGCAGAGGAAGGGCGGAGCCCCCCGGAGGCCAGCAGGCCAUGGGUCUGCCAGAAGAGUUUCGCCCAUUUUGAUGUGCAAAGCAUGCUGUUCGACCUCCAUGAGGCGGCUGCCAACAGGGUGUCCUCGGCCCAGAGGCGGAACACCACCACUGGGGCCUCAGCCGCCUCAGCCAUGGAGUCCCUCACAGUGUCGCGGGCCCAUGGCCUUGGGGGCCUGGACCCGGCCUUCACCAGCAUGGAGGACUUGAACUACAAGGAGAACCUGGAGCAGGACCUGGGCGAUGACAACAGCAACGACCUGCUGCUCAGCUGCCCACACUUCCGCAAUGAGAUCGGUGGCGAGUGUGAGCGCAAUGUGAGCUUCUCCCGGGCCUCAGCCGCCUCCCUGGGUGGGAGCGAGUGCCGCCUGGCUGAGCCCAGCCCCAGCACCUACCGCACCAACGCCAGCAUCUCUGUGCUGGAGGUGCCCAAGGAGCAACAGAGGACGCAGAGUCGCCCGCAGCAAUACAGCAUCGAGCAUGUGGACCUGGGCGCCCGCUACUACCAGGACUACUUCGUGGGCAAAGAGCAUGCCAAUUACUUUGGUGUGGAUGACAAGCUAGGGCCAGUGGCUGUGAGCAUCAAACGGGAGAAGCUGGAGGACCACAAGGACCAUGGGCCUCAGUACCAGUAUAGGAUCAUCUUCCGGACCCGAGAGCUCAUCACCCUGCGGGGCUCCAUCCUGGAGGAUGCCACACCCACAGCCACUAAGCAUGGGACCGGGCGGGGCCUACCCCUGAAGGAUGCCCUGGAGUAUGUCAUUCCUGAGCUUAACAUCCACUGCCUGCGGCUGGCUCUCAAUACUCCCAAGGUGACGGAGCAGCUGCUGAAGCUCGACGAGCAAGGGCUCUGCCGGAAACACAAAGUGGGGAUCCUCUACUGCAGGGCAGGCCAGAGCUCGGAGGAGGAGAUGUACAACAACGAGGAUGCCGGCCCCGCCUUUGAAGAGUUCCUCUCCCUGUUGGGUGAGAAGGUCUGCCUGAAGGGGUUCACCAAGUACGCUGCCCAGCUGGACGUCAAGACUGACUCCACGGGAACCCACUCCCUCUACACAACGUACCAGGACUAUGAGAUCAUGUUCCAUGUCUCCACUCUGCUCCCUUAUACCCCCAACAACAGGCAGCAGCUUCUACGGAAGAGGCACAUAGGAAACGACAUUGUGACCAUCAUCUUCCAGGAGCCGGGGGCACUGCCUUUCACCCCCAAGAACAUCCGCUCACACUUUCAGCAUGUCUUUAUCAUUAUCCGAGCCCACAACCCCUGCACUGACAAUGUUGGCUACAGUAUGGCUGUGACCCGAUCCAAAGAUGCUCCUCCUUUUGGUCCCCCCAUCCCCAGUGGAACCACAUUCCGAAAAUCUGAUGUCUUCAGAGACUUCUUGUUGGCCAAGGUGAUUAAUGCAGAGAAUGCUGCACACAAGUCCGACAAGUUCCACACUAUGGCCACCAGGACCCGCCAAGAGUACCUCAAGGAUCUGGCAGAAAACUGUAUCUCCAACACACCCAUCGAUUCCACUGGCAAAUUCAACCUCAUCUCCCUGACCUCCAAGAAGAAGGAGAAGACCAAAGCUCGGGCGGGCGCUGAGCAGCACAGCUCGGGGGCCAUCGCCUGGAGGGUGGCGGCUCAGGACUAUGGCCAGGGGAUGGAAAUCGACUGCAUUUUGGGCAUUUCCAACGAGUUUGUGGUACUCCUGGACCUACACACCAAGGAGGUGGUAUUCAACUGCUACUGCGGGGAUGUCAUUGGCUGGACCCCAGACUCCUCAACGCUAAAAAUCUUCUAUGGGCGAGGGGACCACAUCUUCCUGCGGACCACAGAGGGCUCUGUGGAGGACAUAAGGGACAUUGUCCAGAGACUGAAGGUGAUGACCAACGGCUGGGAGACGGUGGACAUGACUCUGCGGCGGAAUGGGCUUGGGCAGCUGGGCUUCCACGUGAAGUACGACGGGACUGUGGCUGAGGUAGAAGACUAUGGAUUUGCCUGGCAGGCUGGCCUCCGGCAAGGCAGCCGGCUGGUGGAGAUCUGCAAGGUGGCUGUGGUCACACUGACCCACGACCAGAUGAUCGACCUGCUGCGCACCUCCGUCACCGUCAAGGUGGUCAUCAUCCCACCCUUCGAGGAUGGCACACCCCGGAGGGGGUGGCCAGAGACCUACGACAUGAAUACCUCAGAGCCCAAGCCUGAGCAGGACAGCAUGCCCUCUGGGGGCCGGCCCCCCUACCGCAGCAAUGCUCCCUGGCAGUGGAGUGGGCCAGCCUCCCACAACUCUCUACCAGCCUCCAAGUGGGCCACUCCUGCUACCCCCGGCCACCCUCAGUCCCUGAGCCGGCCCCCAAAGCAGACCCCCAUGGUCCCCUUUCGGGAGUCCCAGCCCCUGCACAGCAAGAGGCCUGUUAGCUUCCCAGAAACCCCUUACACAGCAUCACCAGCAGGGGUCGACAAAGCCCCUCCCUACCGACAACCUUCUGGGAGCUUCUCCACCCCAGGCUCGGCCACCUAUGCAAGAUACAAGCCAUCCCCAGAAAGGUACGUGGCUGCCCCACACCCACUGCUGUCUUUCGAUCCCCACUUUGGCCACGACGGGACAUCCAGCGGGGACUCCUCCUCAGGUGGACUGACCAGCCAGGAGAGCACGAUGGAGCGCCAGAAGCCAGAGCCUUUGUGGCAUGUGCCCGCCCAGGCCCGGCUCUCAGCCCUGGCUGGAACCAGUGGGAGCAAGCACGCCUCCAGGCAGGAUGCAGCAGGCAAAGAUUCCCCCAACAGGCAUUCCAAAGGAGAGCCUCAGUACUCCAGUCAUUCCAGCAGCAAUACCCUGUCCAGCAACGCCUCCAGCAGCCACAGUGAUGACCGCUGGUUUGACCCCCUGGACCCUCUGGAGCCAGAGCAAGACCCCCUCUCCAAGGGCGGCUCCAGUGACAGCGGCAUUGACACCACCCUCUACACCUCCAGCCCCAGCUGCAUGUCACUGGCCAAGGCACCUCGGCCGGCCAAGCCACACAAGUCACCAGGAAGUAUUGGCCUUUGUGGGGGUGGGCGUGAGUCCACUGGCCAUUCCCACCAUGCAGACAGGCGAAGGGAGGUCUCGCCUGCUCCUGUGGUUGCUGCCCAGAGCCAGGCCUACCGACCGAAGCUGUACAACUCAGGCUCCAGCACCCCUACAGGCCUGACCGGGGGCAGUCGCAACCCACCAAGGCAGACCAGUGACAUGAACUCAAGGGCUGGGUACCCUGCUCAAGUUUACAAAACUACCAGUGCAGAGACUCCUCAACCUUCACAGCUGGCCCAGUCCAGCUCCUUCCAGCUCUCUGCCUCCAUCCCCAAGUCCUUCUUCUCCAAGCAGCCUGUGGGGAAUAAACACCCAACAGGGUGGAAGAGAACAGAUGAGCCCCCGCCACGGCCACUUCCCUUCACUGACCCAAAGAAGCAGGUGGACACCAAUACGAAAAACGUCUUUGGGCAGCCACGGUUGAGAGCAUCCCUCCGCGACCUCCACUCCCCACGGAAGAACUAUAAGUCCACCAUCGAGGAUGACCUGAAGAAGCUCAUCAUCAUGGACAACCUGGCGCCAGACCAGGAGAGAGAUGCAGGACAGUCGCCACAGAAGAGUCUUCAGCGGACACUGUCUGACGAGAGUCUAUGCAGCGGGCGGCGUGAGCCCAGCUUUGCCAACUCCGCCAGCCUGGAGGCGGCCCUGCCUAGUGACGUGCUCUUCACCAGCACCUGCGUCUUCCCCUCCAGCACGCUGCCCGCCCGCCGCCAGCACCAGCACUCUCAUCUGCCAGGCAGCAGCAGCCCCAGCACCAUCCCUGCCCCUGGCAAUGGCUUCCCAGAGAAGACAUCCACCAUCUCAGCCUCUGAGCUCUCACUGGCUGAUGGACGGGACCGGCCACUUCGACGCCUAGACCCUGGGAUGAUGCCACUGCCUGACACAGCUGCUGGCCUUGAGUGGUCCAGCCUGGUAAAUGCAGCCAAGGCGUACGAAGUGCAAAGAGCCGUGUCACUCUUCUCUCUCAAUGACCCAGCUCUGAGCCCGGACAUGCCACCUGCACACAGUCCUGUCCACAGCCACCUGAGCCUGGAGAGAGGACCCCCAACCCCCAGGACCACCCCUACCAUGAGCGAGGAGCCACCCCUGGAUCUGACAGGCAAGGUGUACCAGCUGGAAGUAAUGCUGAAACAGCUGCACACGGACCUCCAGAAGGAGAAGCAGGACAAGGCAGUGCUGCAGUCGGAGGUGGCCAGCCUGCGUCAGAACAACCAGCGGUUGCAGGAGGAGUCACAGGCCGCCAGUGAGCAGCUGCGCAAGUUCGCUGAGAUCUUCUGCAGGGAGAAGAAGGAACUCUGAGGUGGAGAGGCCGCCUCACACCCCCACCUGGGUGGGUGGGGGCUUCUGCUCUCCUCUCUCCCUUAGCUCAGCUCCUGGUUGCAGGUGUGACCAAGAUCAUCCAGCUAGGACCCCACCACACUCCCCUUAGACACAGAAACUCUCCGGGGCUGUGAGGUAGGGUCUGCUCAUGGUUCUCGAGCCCCAGCAGGCCGCAGGGCCUCAAGCCUCCCUUGGAACUGCUCACCUCUGGUCCCUGGGGCGGGGCCCUUGCCCACUCUACCCCCAAGGGCCCAUCCUGCGGGGGGUGGGGUGGGGGGGGGCAUCCUGUCUCUUCCUAGGAUCUAGACAUCAAAGCUAUAGGAAGGAAAGAGGGAGGGCAGUAGUGAGUCUCUAAACUCCACAGCUCCAGGCGUUCAUAAACCAAGUUUCUUCACCACGUACAAGAGUUUGGGCUUGGCUUGUGGGGCCCAGCCCCCUGCAUGAGAAAUCACAGUGUGAACCGGCCCAAUCUGCCCCACCCUGGAGAGAUCAGGGCUCAUGUGGAAACAGGCCAAGGCUCUCCUUCCUGCACGAGCGCCAGGAAGCACGGACAUCACCCCCUCCCAACCCCAUAUUUCAAAAACAUCCAGGAGCACAUUCUUAGAGUUUCAAUUAUUUCUUGGGGGGUCCCAGGCUAGAGAGGGGAAACUCAAACAUCCAGAGUCAUGUGCUUUGAGGGGGAAACUAUUUGCACACCGUUUAGAGUCUUUUUCUUUCAGCCACAGAGGCCAUCGUGCCUGAGCCCCUCCACGUUCGAUUUGAGCUCCUGCCCGGCCAGGCCCAGCCGCAGAGCUGCCCAGCCCCCCAGCCCUGACCCCGCAGCCACGGCCUCUUCCAGGCACCAGGAGGGGCUCCAGGGAACCCCCAGGUCACAUAGGCCUGCCCACCCUCACUAGAGAGAAACAGCCUUCAUCUCUCUGCUUUUGUUUUGUGUUUGCAAGUCCCUCAGCCCACCUUGUAGCCCCCACAGCAGUGGAUUCUGGGCCACCCUCACUGUGCUCCCCGGAAGCCUUUGCUGUGGGAACCCCCUGAGACGCUGGUCCUCUAACGGCAAUAAGGAGCAGCUUGCCAGGCAGCGAGCUGGUGUGACACUACGCUGUUCACCCAGGAAACAGAGUUUCUUUUUUCCCUUUAAAAACAAACAAAUAUAUAUAUACAUACACACAUAUAUAUAUUUAUUUUUUCAUGUAGAGUUGUGCCAGAACAAGCCUGUAUGGCCACAAUCUGUGGAUUCCCCCAACUUCAAGCUGAGGAUUGAGGCCAGUUCCCUGUGGCUGGUGUUCAGCAGGAAGACUAAGAGGGACAAAGUGAGGGUGGGCAGGCCCAUGUCUUUCCUUUUCAGGAAUCACCAGACCAGGGGAGCCGCGCGGGCCUGGCUCAGAACUGCAGCUCCGGGCUGGGAGCCAGCACCAGUGGCCCGGUCCUUGUCCAGAGACCUCACCGCCUUCUCUUUGGGACCAGAAACCUCAGGGAAGGGGGUGCUGAGACACAGGCAUUCAGGAAGCCGGAGAAAAAGACACUGACCAUGUCCCCCUGCAGUCAGCCCUGGCCCCUGGCAGCACUGCUGCCUGUGACAAAGCCUGCACAUCUGCCACCUCCUCGUCCUCACCUGGGCUGUGGUGUGAGACAGGCUGCAGGGGGCCUGCCCGGUCCCCAGCCCUGGCCAACUACUGUGAUGUCUCCACUCCUCUUCCCAGACCCCCAUUUUGGACAGGUUCUCCAAGACCUCCCCACCCCCUUUCUUCAGACCCUAGGCUGGAGCCCGUGCCUCCCCAACCCCUCGCUUUUAAGUUGUCACCUCAACUUCAGAUCAUUCUAAUCAUUUUGGGGACCUAAUCGUGUACAUUGACAAGUGUAAAUUAUGAUUUUUGGUUUUCUGUUAUUUUUUAAGGAUCUCUGCAAAACAAAUCUAUUUAAUUUGAAGCUGGUGUUCUAUCUGAUGGGUAAGAUAGAAGCAUGAUUUGGUUUGGGGUUUUUUGUAUGAUUUGUUUCAUUUGGAUUUUUUUAUUCUUUUUUGUCUUUUUUCUAUCCCUGUUUUGAGAUUUUCUGGCAUGUUUCUGGAGGUUUCAAAGAAAAUAAAUGUUUCAUAGAAA